UCAGGUUCCUCCUAUCCCAUUCAUCAAGUGUUCGGUUGGUUGGUUAGCAGCAAGUUAAACAGAGUGUAUUCAGAUCACUUGAGGUUCUGAAUCAAUGGCACACUCUCUCAGUUUUGCUCCUAUUUCUUCCUUCAAAGACUCCACCACACCAGUUACUGGUAAUUCGGUUGCCCCAAAGGUUUUUUGGAUAAACGAAGCCUGCCACAAUUCUAAAGUUCGGAACUUUCAAUCUUUGAAGGUUAAGGCUACGGAUGAUAAUAAACAAACCAAAGCAAAGAGUAUCGUUUGUCCUGACUGUGAAGGAAAUGGUGCAAUAUCAUGCACUCAAUGCAAAGGUGCUGGAGUUAAUUCUGUAGAUCACUUCAAUGGACAAUUUAAAGCUGGUGGAUUAUGUUGGCUAUGCAGGGGAAAAAGAGACAUAUUGUGUGGAAGCUGUAAUGGAGCUGGCUUUCUUGGUGGAUUCAUGAGCACGUUUGAUGAUUAGAAAAUUGCCCAGAAUCGAUAUUUCAAGAAAUUUUUAUAGUUAUAGCCAAAGAAAUGAGUGGAGACUACGAAGCAACAUGCAUGUUCUUCUGUUGGUAUAGUUGAGUAAUGUUAUACUUAAAUGAGGUUUAAGUAAUCUUAUUUCAGAGAUUUCACAAAGCUUGUUUUGGAAUACUUUUGAAAAAUUGUCUUCCAAAAGUGUUCACAACACAUACAAUGACAAUCGAGAUAAAUGUCUAUACAAUUAAAAUCUUAAGUGUGCAAAACCCAACUUGUUUACAGAGUAA